CCAGCAGGUUCCGAGGACUGGGGGACUUGGCGCUGAGAUCCCCGCGCCCCGCGCCCCGCCAUGCCGUCUUACACGGUGACCGUGGCCACCGGUAGCCAGUGGUUCGCCGGCACGGACGACUACAUCUACCUAAGCCUCGUGGGCUCCGCAGGCUGCAGCGAGAAGCACCUGCUGGACAAGGCCUUCUAUAACGACUUCGAGCGAGGCGCGGUUGAUUCCUACGACAUCACCGUGGAUGAGGAACUGGGCGAGAUCCAUCUGGUCAAAAUUGAGAAGCGCAAGUACUGGCUGCAUGAUGACUGGUACCUGAAGUAUGUGACGCUGAAGACGCCCCACGGGGAUUACGUGGAGUUCCCCUGCUACCGCUGGAUCACGGGUGACAGCGAGAUCGUGCUGCGGGAUGGUCGAGCCAAGCUGGCCCAAGAUGACCAGAUUCACAUUCUGAAGCAGCACCGACGCAAGGAGCUGGAGACACGGCAGAAACAGUAUCGGUGGAUGGAGUGGAACCCAGGCUUCCCCUUGAGUAUAGAUGCAAAAUGCCACAAAGAUUUACCUCGAGACAUCCAAUUUGACAGCGAGAAAGGUGUGGACUUCGUCCUGAACUAUUCCAAAGCGAUGGAGAACCUAUUCAUCAACCGGUUCAUGCACAUGUUCCAGUCCUCCUGGCAUGACUUUGCUGACUUUGAGAAGAUCUUCGUCAAGAUCAGCAACACCAUUUCCGAGCGAGUCAUGCAGCACUGGCAGGAGGACCUCAUGUUCGGCUACCAGUUCCUAAAUGGCUGCAACCCUGUGCUCAUCCAGCGCUGCACACAGCUGCCCCCGAAGCUCCCAGUGACCACAGACAUGGUGGAGUGCAGCCUGGAGCGGCAGCUCACCUUGGAGCAAGAGAUCCAGCAGGGCAACAUCUUCAUCGUGGACUAUGAGCUGCUGGACGGCAUCGAUGCCAACAAAACAGAUCCCUGCACGCACCAGUUCCUGGCGGCGCCCAUCUGCCUGCUGUACAAGAACCUGGCCAACAAGAUCGUGCCUAUAGCCAUCCAGCUCAACCAAACCCCAGGAGAGGAGAACCCCAUUUUUCUCCCUUCGGAUGCAAAAUAUGACUGGCUUUUGGCUAAAAUCUGGGUGCGUUCCAGCGACUUCCAUGUCCACCAGACCAUCACCCACCUGCUGCGCACACACCUGGUGUCUGAGGUGUUUGGCAUUGCUAUGUACCGCCAGCUACCCGCUGUGCACCCCAUUUUCAAGCUGCUGGUGGCCCACGUGCGGUUCACCAUUGCCAUCAACACCAAGGCCCGAGAGCAGCUCAUCUGCGAGUACGGCCUCUUCGACAAGGCCAAUGCCACGGGUGGCGGCGGGCACGUGCAGAUGGUACAGCGCGCCAUGCAGUACCUGACCUAUGGCUCCCUGUGCUUCCCGGAGGCUAUCCGGGCCCGGGGCAUGGACAUUGCCGAGGACAUCCCCUACUACUUCUACCGCGAUGACGGUCUGCUGGUUUGGGAGGCCAUCCGCAGCUUUGUGGCUGAGGUCGUGGGCCUUUACUAUGAGAGUGAUCAGGUGGUGGCAGAGGAUGUGGAGCUGCAGGCCUUCACCAAGGACGUCUAUGUGUACGGCAUGCGAGGCAGCAAGGCCUCAGGCUUCCCCAAGGCGCUGCGGAGCCGGGAGAAGCUGACCGAGUACCUGACCGUGAUCAUAUUCACGGCGUCCGCACAGCACGCGGCUGUCAACUUCGGGCAGUACGACUGGUGCUCCUGGAUCCCCAACGCGCCCCCUACCAUGCGGGCCCCGCCUCCCACGGCCAAAGGAGUGGUGACUAUCCAGCAGAUCGUGGAGACGCUGCCUGACCGUGGCCGCUCGUGCUGGCACCUGGGCGCUGUGUGGGCGCUGAGCCAGGUGCAGGAGAAUGAGCUAUUCCUGGGCAUGUACCCCGAAGAGCACUUCAUUGAGAAGCCUGUGAAGGAAGCCAUGGCCCGCUUCCGAAAGAGCCUGGAGGCCAUUGUCAGUGUGAUUGCAGAACGCAACAAGAACAAAAAGCUGCCCUAUUACUACCUGUCCCCAGACCGGAUCCCCAACAGCGUGGCCAUCUGAGCCCCACUGUACCAGGCUCCCUCUGGGAAGACCAACUGGAUGCCGGCCUUGGGCAGGCUGCUGCCAUGCCCAGGUGUGCUGCUUUCACCCCAGGCUGCCCCAGGACCAAGGACAACAAAGCUUCAGUGCCUUUUCUUGCUCUGCCCUCAAGGCCCGAGGAUCCCAUCCUUCAGUGAUAGAAUGCAAGCCCUGCAGGCCUCAGCCCUGGAGCCAACUGAGGAACCUCUGCCCAAUGCCCAGCUCAGCAAGUGGUGGAGCUGCUGGUGACAGCACAACAGGGUAACCACCCUGCUCUUACUGCAGAUGUGGGGACACUUCCUGUUCUCUUCAUGAUUAAUCCAAUUCCGUGCCUGUAGUAGGUGCCCAAAUAAAUUCCUGUUGAGUGAAUUAA